GGAAUCUGAAAAGCAGCAACAACAACAACAACGAGAGCUCCUCACUAGGAAUUUAAAACCAUCCUACCAUUAUCACUUGGUAUGCAGUUGGCCCUUAAUCCAACCUCAAUUUUUCUCAAGAAUGUAAUAUCCACGCACCCCUUUUGUAUUAAAUUAUUAAUUAUUACUAAUUUUGGAAAUAAACAGUGAUACUAAAUUAUAGGCUAUAGAGCACAGCAGAGAAAAAGAAGAGGAAUUAUUACGUAGGACACGCAUAUCAAAUAACAGAGACAGAGUUUUCUGCUUUUCUGGGUACACUGAAGAGGGAAGCAGCAGGUAAAAAUUAAAUAAAUUAAAGAUCUGUGAAUAAUGAAAAGAAAAAGUAAUUAAAAAAAAAAAAAACUCUCAAAACAAGUUGUUUAUUGGUCACGUUCAUUCUUUGCUCCCCCUUUUUAUGUCAUCACGAGAUCCCCAUCUCUUCUCUCUGUACAAAAAUUCCAUGUUUCUUUAGAGCCCCUCUUCCUCUUCUUCUGUUUUCUUUCUCUCCUUCAUAUUUUUCUCCUUUAUGUUUCAAGUUUGUGCAGAUUGCUAGAAUUUUUUCUUCAACUUUUCUCAUAAAAAAAAUAACACAAUAAUGUCAUCCUACUCUCAAUUACCCUCUCAGGAAUCCAUUAAUGAUUCUUUCACCAACCGGUUUCGUGACUCUCUCACUUGCAGCAAUUCCAUCAAGAAGCUGGAUUUCAAAGAACUCGAUCUGGGUUCUCCACUUUCACCAUUAAUAAUUCCGUCAUCUCUCAAUAAUUCUACCGCCUCCACCCCUUCAACCAGCAUUGCAAGUUCCUCCUGUUCUGUCUCGACCGCCAAAAUUACUACCACCUCUACUCAGUUCCCUAAAAAGCAUGAAAAUGUCACUCACAACCAAUCCGGCGAGCUCCCUGGCUUGUCUGAGACUAGCCCAGCUCGACAUAGCACUCUCCGUUCAAGCAAUUCGCAUCUGGGUCAUCGAAGAUCCAUCUCGGCUGGAGCCCCAUUGAUCUACUCUGGUUCAAGUUUUGGCUCUACUAGCAAUGGUAGCAGCUGUGGAAAUACUAAUGGAGCAAGCUCGGUUUCUACUAGUUCAAGCUCAAAUUUGCUUCACAGUGGCAACAUUUGUCCAUCUGGCAAAAUCUUGAAAACUGCUUUGACAUGUCGUGUCUCAAACAAGACUGACACUCUGGGUACCGGAACGGCAAACUACGGACACGGCAGCAUUAUGCGUGGCGGAAGUGGUGGUGGUGGUUCUGCUACUAAAUUCGGAACUGGAGGACAUACCGGAGGUUGUGGUGAUCCAGAGGAGUUGAAGAAGACAGGCAAUGAGAUGUAUAGAAGAGGGAAUUUUGUGGAAGCUCUGGGUUUGUAUGAUAAAGCGAUAUUGUUGGCGCCAGAGAAUGCGGCGUACAGGAGUAAUAGGGCGGCGGCUCUGACGGCAAUAGGGAAGUUGGGCGAGGCUGUCAGGGAAUGUGAAGAGGCUGUGAAACUGGACCCUGGUUACACCAGGGCUCAUCAGAGAUUGGCCUCUCUGUAUCUUAGGUUAGGACAGGCUGAAAAUGCUCGGUGCCACUUGCUUUUUCACGGGCAACAGCCAUGUCCAACUGAGUUGCAGAAGUUGCAUUCGCUGGAGAAGCAUAUACAUCGUUGUGCAGAUGCACGGAAGAUUGGUGAUUGGAAGGCUGCACUUAGGGAAACUGAUGCAGCCUUAACAAUUGGAGCAGACUCUUCUCCCCAGCUUAUUGCUUGUAAAGCAGAAGCCUUUUUGAAACUUCACCAACUUGAAGAUGCAGAUACAACCAUAUCAAACAUGUCUAAAGUUGAAUAUUAUCCUCCACAAACAAAGUUCUUUGGUAUGGUUGCUGAAGCUUAUGUGCUUUAUGUCCAAGCCCAGAUUGCGAUGGCACUAGGAAAAUUUGAGAAUGCAGUUUCAAUGGCUGAGAAGGCUGGUCUGAUUGAUUAUAGUAAUAUAGACAUUGCUAUGGUGUUAACCAAUUUCAAAAUGGCAGCAAGAGCUCGUAAGCAUGGCAAUGAUCUUUUCAGUUCUGGAAAAUAUGCUGAAGCCAGCUCAGCCUAUGGGGAAGGCCUCAGAUAUGAUUCUUCUAACCCUGUUCUUCACUGCAAUCGAGCAGUUUGUUGGUCUAAACUUGGACUCUGGGAAAAAUCUAUAGAGGACUGUACUCAAGCUCUUAGAAUACAACCAAACUACACCAAGGCCUUAUUUAGAAGGGCUGCCUCAAAUGAAAAGCUUGGACGAUGGGCAGAAGCUGUGAAAGAUUACGAGGUUUUGAGAAAGGAAUUAGCUGGGGAUAAUGAGUUUCUGGAAUCUCUACAACGAGCACAGACCAGAUUGAAGAAAUCUCUUGGUGAAGUUCAUAAUACAAAUUUUGGUGGUGAAGUAGAAGAACUCUCCAGUCUAGAUAAGUUUAAAGCUGCAAUAUCAUCACCUGGUGUAAAGAUUGUUCAUUUUAAAGCAGCGUCUGAUGAACAAUCUGCAGAUGUAUCCCCAUUCUUAAAUAUGUUAUGUGUUCGAUAUCCAUCAAUUCAUUUCUUUAAGGUGGAUGUGGAGGAGAGCUUAGCAGUAGCAAAAGCUGAGGGCAUAAGAACUGUUCCAACAUUUAAGGUUUAUAAGAAUGGAGACAAGGUGAAGGAGAUGAUCCGUCCAAGUCUUCAGUUCUUAGAGGAUUCAGUGAAGAGUUACAGUACAUAGAAUAAAUUGUUCUUUUAUCUCUUUUUGCCUUUUUUUUUUCCUUUUUUUUUUUAAAAAAAAAUUGUUGUAAUUAUUAUUAUUUUAAUUCAUUCAUAUGGAAGAACCAAUGGUUUCUUUUUGCUCCGA